UUGCCGUGAGCUCAUUAACAGCCGCAGCGAGUCGGGACAAGCGCCUCUGGUUAUUCCUGUUACUUCAUCUGUUUUUAGUAUUAAAAUACACCCAGAGCCACUGUGCCAGGGCUCUACCGUGCCAGAGCUGUGCUCUGUUUCCGCUUCGAUCGUCGGAAGUCACGCAGCACCAGCACCAACCUAUUUUUCCAUGAAAGGAUCGUUUCAGUUGUCCAACAUGAUUUGAGUGGUAAUAAAAGCAAAGCGGAGAUGGAGACGUUUGGAGGAGGUGUAGCUGCCCUGGGGGGUGAAGAGGACGCAGAGGAGGAAGAGAGGGGGAAAGUUGAGGCUUUACCCCCGCUACUCGAGGAUGAGGAGAAUGUGUCUUUGGCAGAUAUCCUGUGCCUGAGAGACAGCUGUCUGUCUGAACAGGAGGUGUGGGCAGUGUGUGCAGAAUGUGUGCGCUCACUGCAGAGCAUUUCCUGCUCUCCACUUUUUUACACUCUCUGCAUCACACCAGAUACUCUGGCCUUCAAUGCUCACGGCAACGUGUGCUUUAUGGAACAGCUCAGUGAUGACCCUGAAGGCUCCUUUGUACCUCCAGAGUUUGACAAGACUGGGAACACAUUUGAGGGUCAUGUGUUCUCGCUCGGCGCCACGCUUUCAGCUGCUCUGGGCUACAAUAUAGAACCUGAGACUGAAGUGGAGUUGGGGGUCGAUACAUGCAGAUUGCUUGAACAAAUGCAAGAGGAAAAGCCAGGAGACAGACCUUGCCCAAAGGUUAUUCUAUCUCUAGCAGAAGCCAAAAUCACAGAUACUACAUCAAGAGCAGUGUGUCGGAAACUCUCAGCCAUCGGAAGAAGAGUACUGUCCAUAGAAUCAGUUGCACCUUUCCAAGAUGAGUGGGACAAAUCAUAUCAUCACUUUAUGGAAUAUAAAGGUUCACGGUCAAGCUCGAUUGAGAAUCAUACAUAUGACCAGCGCAUGGCCAGACAUUGUUCUUCAGAUUCUCAUGAAGAUGAGGAGCAUCUGGUUAAACAAAGGCGGAGAGUCUGCAAUGGUUCAUUCCGCUCUGGGAGCGUGGAUGGAUAUAAUGGUGGUCCAGUGUCACUCCGAGAUGUGAAUUCCUUCUAUCCGUCUCAGAAUAGCUCCCCCAUUCUUAAGAUGAGCCAAGAGGUGAGGUGGAGGAGAUCACGAAGUGCCCUCAACCGCUCCUGCUCCAUUCCUGACUCCAACAACCCCCCUGUGUUCUCAACUCCAUCACACACAAACCUGAGCAUGAUGGUAGCAGAUUUGUCAGAGAUUGGAGGAGAGGAGAGUAUGAUGAUGCAAUGGGAGGACCAUAUGCCGAAGGAAACACACAAGAAGUCUACACAGGAUGAAGAUUCAGGCGGAACAGAGGAAAGUUUCAGCCAUGCUAUAGAAUCUGUAAAUAGAAUAAGUAAUGACACCCCUGCUCAUCUCAGCAUUGAUGCAGAUCCAGAUUGCACAGGUCUAAAUGAAGUUGUAAGGGAGGAAACCCCUGUGCUCUCCACGCAUGUCGAUGAGGAGAUAAAGAAUAGCAAUUUGUGCUGUUCUAAUCAUAUGACCAAAAGCAUGCUGUGCCUCAAAGAGGAAUCUCAGGAUGAGUGGGUCCCUCUGCGGGAACUGCUGUCGCACUGUACAAGGCCGCUGUCCGUGAAUGAGUUGUGGGCCCUGUGUUACACCUGCCUGUCCACACUGCAAACCUACUCCGAUUUCCCAGCUUACCUAUGCCUGGACUCUGUGUAUGUGGGCUGUGAUGGAGAGUUGCUGUUCCUUAUGCCUAAAAACACAGGAUUCAGUGAUGUCUUUUAUGUAGCUCCUGAAUUCCAGGAACAUGGUAUUUUAACAGAAAAGGCCUGCAUUUAUGGAGUAGCAGCUAUUUUGUGGGCCACAGCUAAAUUCCAUUUGUCCCCUAAUCAGAAGCUAGCUAUGCCAAGAAAACUCAAGAGGCUUCUGCUGGAGAUGGCCAAAAAAACUCCUAUUGAAAGGCCAUCUAUUGUUAUGGCAAAAAAGACUUGCCGUGAUUAUCUAUCACGUCAGGGGACUGACGCUGAGACUGUGUGGACACAUCUAAUCAACAGACUUCACAAGGCAUCCAAUAGGAUUAAUGAAGAAGAAAGUUUUCUAGAUGUGGGCUCAUUAAAAGACACAGCUACACCUGAGAGGAAAACUGGUUUCAUCCCUCUGGGCCAUGAUGUCAGGUUGGCCCCUGUAUCUGGUCCUCUUCCCCAGAGCAACUCUCUCUCUAUGACAGCAAGGCUGCCUGAGGCUUUCACUUCUUUGGCGACCCACUUUACUCCUAUAGUAGUGGCCCAGGAGGAUGUCGAGGAAGAGGAAUCGCCUAUCCCUCAGCCAAGGCUAGACAGCAUGCCCAGUGAAAUUGGAAUUGAAAAUGAGGAUGAGGGCCUGACCACUGACUCACCACAACUUCAUGAAAACUGGAUGCAAGAAGAGCAAGAGGACGACAAUUACUCAUCCUUGUCUAGUAGCACAACUGUUCUUACCUCUUCACCUCACACCAACAUCCAAACAGCCUAUCCAGUGUCAAACAGCCAGUCUCUGCCAACCUAUCCCAAUGUUGCAUGCUCUGCUGGCAUUUACAACAACUUCCUCCUACAACAGGACCCUCACAGUGGCCGUCUGACACUGUUUCCUGUUCACAUAGCUGUUUCUCAGCCAAUCACAGGCCUGGAUCUUAGUCUGCCAUUGAGGGAAAAUUCAGAGACUGACUCAGGAACCCAAAACACUGAGCAUGAUGUGUAUCGUGUAACCAAGAAUGGAGAAUCUGAUCACCAAUUCACAUCUUCUUACCACAAGAGCAGCAAAAGCGACAUGCCAAUUAAUAGAGCUCACUUGAAUAUCACUGAACCUCCCCAGAAUACCAGGGUAUUGAGCAGUAUACACCAGAGCCAGCCCGUCCUGCAGCAGGUCAUUGGUCUUAUCAGAGAGGAGUUUGCCUUUGACUGUUAUCUGGAAAAUGGACCAGAGGAGCUGGUAAUGGGAGAGUACAUCCUUUCUUUAACAAAUCUGCACUUCGAAACCUUCUGUAGAGCAAUAGUGGAGAAGUUCAGUGAUCUCCACUGGGAUAAAGACCUGCUAGGAUUGCUGCACUGUCUUGUCAAUCAAGACCCCUCUUUCCUAGUGUCUGUUGAAGACCCUUCAUCAGAGCUGGAGGAAAGGCCACUGACAUCACUCCCGGAUGCCAAGAGGUGUGAGGGAGAGGGGGGAGGGAACACAGAACGCAGUCAGCCUGACCACAACGCAAACAAGUGCCAUGCUCCAGAAGAAAAAGAACAUACAGCAACUAGACAACAAAACCAAGAAGAGACUAAGGACAAACAACGACACAUAAGAACAGAGAGAAGAGGAGAAGGGAAUACAGCUAAUGAGAUCAGGAACUUGCAGAAAGAAACUCAACCAUUCACGUUUAAGAAGUGUCAUCUUAAUGACAGUGCAGUGUUGAGCGGACUUAGUGUGGACAUGGAGAGCAGCAGCUGUCCAGUAGAUGGAGCUGAAGUGUGUGUGUGUAGUGAUGAGUCUCUGUGCCAGCAUUCUGAACUGGGGGAGAGUACAGACACCCAGCUUUCCCUGGACUGCUCAGAUGCAGAAAUGGAUGAUUCUGACUCAGUGAUCUCAGACAGGACAGUGUCCUCCUGCUCAGGCAUUCAGGGCCCUCUGUGCCGCCCUACAUGGGCCCUGGCUCUGUAUGGAGAAGACUUCUUCAGCCAAGAAGUGGUGGAGUAUGCUUACAAACUGGGCAACCACACUGACACACCAAGCUUGGAAGAUAAAUCACAGGAACCACCAUUCUUAGACCAAGAAUUUUACCAGGAACUUCACCAACAGCUGAUGAUCGAGAGCAGAAAUUUAAAGAAGACCAGAAAUUUUUACCACAAACUAAUUCAGCAAGAGAGAAAAAAUAAAGGUUCUGAAGCAAGGGUGAUGCUCUCCAAGCUGAGGGCUCAGUUCGAUGAGCUAAGGACUAAAGUAGAGUUUCUUGACUCUGUAAGGCAAUAUCUACAGGUGUUGUAUAUAGAUCAAUGGGGUUUGCCACUCUCUCUACUGCCCUCUCUGGCUUCUUCUGGAUCUUCUACAAUAGACCUCAGAGCCACUGAAGAUCCAACCAUAUUGAGUCUGGUGUGUGAGCAGCGCAGAACAAGAGGUUGCUGUCCCCUGCUGGCUGGAACACCCAAAGGCCUGAUGGCUUAUUUAUAUUCCAGAAAUGCUCUUAUGGAAGGAUACAUCCAGCACUUUCUCUAUACAUACCGCUAUUUCUGUACUCCUGAGGAAUUUCUCCACUUUCUAAUGGACAAAUUUAACAGCUCUGUAGUAGCCAACAAGGACUUCUCUACUGACAGUGCUAAGGUGUAUCAUCGCACGCUGGACCUGUUAGAGUAUUGGAUAGAAGACAGCCGAUCAGUAGAUUUUACCUCCAACUCCCGCCUUCAACCAAUCCUUGACAACUUCCUCACAUCUGAGGUGGCUCCAGUGGACAGUCGUGGAGAGAGUCUACUCACAAUGCUACAAAACAGUCCGAAAAAGAGGCGGGGAUGUAGGGUGUCAUAUCGUGGUGAGAGUCCAGUCAGUGGCUGGGAGGAUCUUGAUGUCCAGUCAGUUCAGUCCUUUUGUAGGAAAUCAUCUGUUGAUGAUUCAGCAAAGAAGAGUUUUCAGUGGCGUGUUUCCCGAGUGGUGGAGCCCCAGGUGAACCAGCCUAAGGAGAAGGUCUACUCAAUCGCUUCAGCACUGCCCCGACCCUGCUACAGUUCCCUGCUGAGCCAGAUAACCAGAGUGUCUGUGAGGAAUGAAGAGAGAGUAGCAUUCAGUCAGACAGAGCACAGUCCCCUGAACACAGCACAACAGCUCACGCUACUCCAACAGGAAAUCUUCCAAGGUUGUCACCCUGUGCACUUUCUCAACUCCAGAGCACAGGGAGUGAAAGAAAAGGCAGUCAGCAUCUCAAAAUGUUUAUCCUCCGAAGCCCCACCACUAGAGGGCAGUAGUUUGUUUGUGGGUGAUGAGCCAGGGCGUGAUGGGCCUCUGCAGCAUUUCUUGAGAUAUGCAGAAAGCAUCAGUAACUGGGUCUCAGCUGAGAUUGUCAUCACCGACUCAGUAAAGGUUCAGACAGCUUUGCUGGGCAAGUUUCUCUCUAUUGCUAAGCACUGUUAUGAGGCAAGAAACUUCGCUACAGCGAUGCAGAUUCUUGGAGGACUGGAGAAUGUGAUUGUCCGACAAUUACCGGCUUGGAAGCAGCUAUCAGCAAAGAUAUCAGAUGUUCUUGAGGAGAUCAGAGCAGUUCAGGUGUUUUUGAAGAGUGACAGUCUGUGUUUGAUGGAGGGAGAGAGAGGAAGAAGGCAGCCCACGCUACCAGAUGCACACAUCUUGGCCAUGCACAUACAGCAGCUGGAGAUUGGCGCCUUCACUUUGACUAACGGAGCAUACAAGUGGCCCAAGUUACGGAGUAUAGCACGUGUGGUAAGUCAGGUCCAUGCUUUCCAGGAGCACAUGUAUACAUACACAGCUGAUCUAGAGCUACAGUCAUAUCUUCAAGCCCGGAUCAGUCGUCUGGGAGCUUGCGAUGUGUCACUACUUGCCGCUGACAAUGAUGCCAACUUUAACCAGCCUGCUGCAGAGCGGCACACACGCCGCAUCCAGGACACACUGCGCAGGGUCAAGGCCUCUUUCCAGUGAUCCAGCAUCUCUCAUGUGUUCUGUGCAGAAGAAAUUAAUGCACAUGGUUUCUAAUGAGUAGACACUGUAGGAAAUCUUUGUAAUCAAGUACCAGGCUGUGGGUAUUAGAGAAAUUGGAACUGUGAGAAUCUUUACACAGCUGUUGUAAUGUCUACAGCUCAAGGAAGUUUUUUUUUUUUUUUUGAGGUCCAAGUUAUUCUAUUUUCUGUGAAAGAGGUUAGUGAACCCAUACAAAAUGUCAGCGCUUUCCCAGCCUUAUCAUUAUCCACCAAUAACAACCAAUAAUUUUAUCUUACUUUCCUGGACUGAAGUACUGAGGCGAUCAACAAACAUUUAGUGCAUUUUGAGCAAACAGGGUUUUCAUUCUGCAAAUAUAGUGGGUUGAUAACGUUUGAAAAAAAAUGCUUAAAUAAUUCUUUAUAUUCUAAAACAAAUCCCAGUGAAAAUGUGCUCGUUAUUGAUAUUCGUACUGCAGUAACAUGAAUUGAAAUAUCUGCAACGAACAACCAUGGCUUAAUUCCAUUAAAGUAACCUGUUAAGAACUUCACACACAGUGUAGCUGUGCUCAGAUGUAAAAUUGUAAAAAUUCUAAGAGGGUUAUUUCAAGUAGGCUUAUUCUCAUUUAGUGGUACAGAGCUAAAGUAUUUGUACUGGUUAUAUUUUUCUGCAUAUAGUGUAUUUUCUAUAUCUGUCGAGCAAUCACGUAAUUCAGCUUUCUAAAUCAGCUUAUAUGAUUAUUAUUAUUAUUAUUAUUAUUAUUAUUAUUAUUAUUAUUAUUAUUAUUAUUAUUAUUAUUGUUAUUAUUAUUAUUAUUAUUAUUAUUAUUAUUAUUAUUAUUAUUAUUUUGCGGGUUGGCCCGGUGUUUCCCUGUGUGUGUGUGUGUGUGUGUGUGUGUGUGUGUGUCCACCCCUCAUCCCGAGGUGAGGAAACAGGCGCUCCUGGAGGUCGAUGCUUCUCUGUAGUCGCCACUUCAAAGCGCUUCAGAUAAACACACUUAAUUGGGAGGCGAAGAGCUCCGACCUCUCUAAGCACAGAUCUGAGAUAAAGGAAGCAUCCACCAUGCUGUUAUCAUCCUCACUAGAGCUAAACGAUCCCUUUAGGAGCACAUUGUUAGCCGGCGGCGGCUUGGGCGCUCAAAGGGAUUAAACUACUCUGAGUGAGUCAACACAUACAGUGAGAUAUAACCUGAUGAGUGGGAUUAACAUUGCGUUCACAUUGUCUGUGUGCCAAUGCGUUUCCAAUUCCAUUUCUUACUAAUAUGUCUUACUUUUUGGAGUGUAUGUUAAAUCGAAUGAAACGCUAUAAAUAUAAAUCGAAAUAAACCUGCAGUAAGAGUAUG